AUGACCACGCCCCAACAGAUCCGGGAGAAAGGAAUGAAGUUUUCCAUGUCCUUCGACGAAGCCACGUUGAUAGGAACCGACCGAUAUCUCACAGUGAACCUCCAUGACUCGGAUAAAAUCUUCGGACGUUCAAAUAUAGCUCCCCUGGGCCUGAUACGAGUAAAGGAGAGGGCUACAGGAGAAUAUCUGAGAGACGUUAUCUGCCACCGGCUAAGCUCAUUCAAAUUGUCAAGGAACGAUAUCGUAGCAGCAGUCACCGAUGGCGCCUCCAACGUGCUCAAGGCAGUAGACCUUAUUGGAGUUCAUCGGCAGAAGUGCUUUGCUCAUGGAUUGGAUCUGGUAAUACGAAGAGCUGUCUACGGAGCUCAAGCUGCAGCAUUCGAUGUGGCGAUCCUGACGGACGGAGAUGACCGAAGUAUUUCUCGAGUCGAUAGCGGCGACGAUUCUCCUGAAGAUAGCGACAGGAGCGAUGCGGAGGACACGGGAAAUUCCGAUGACGACGAUGAACGUGUCGAGACGUGGAACUCAGUGACGCUCGGUGAAGCACUCCGCCGUCUUCGCGCUGUCGCGCGCAAUUUCCGGAGGAAAACCGCCAUGAUGGAUGAAGUCCGGAAGAUCACGGAGAGGGAUGAAUACAAUGGCAGGUCGUUGUGUGUCAAGAUCGAUUGUAAAACGAGAUGGUACUCCACACUGGAAAUGAUCGAGCGUGCCAUCGAGAUUCUGCCAGCAAUCUACAACGUCCUAUCCCGCUACGGAACGCCCCUGAGCCCGAGUGACGCUGUGGGUUUGGAAAGGAUCAGGAACAUCUUGUCACCAUUCAAACGAGCCAUUCUAGUCUUGUGCAAAAACGAAGCCACCUUGUUUCACGCGGACAGAGUCUUCUCGCUAUUGAUGAAGGAUCUCGAUGAGAUGAAUGUUGAGCUAUCUCGAAUCCUCCUUGAGAGUUUGAAAGGGGAGAUCAGAAAAAGACGGACAAUUCACUCUAGCAUUCUGGCUGUAUUGGAGAAUUACGAAUAUGACUUCAGCCUCGAACUCGAAGUUGGACAAGAGCGUCUUUCCGACGAUGAAGUUUUGGACAAUCUGGCGGAUAUUCUCGAUGCGCGGGAAUUUGUCGAGGAUGAGUCAUCCUCCCUCGAGAUGCUCAGCCAAGCUCCGACAGUUAGCUGGGAUUCAAUAUUCAACGAGACAUCAGCUUCCUCCAAUAGCGCCGGGGCGAGCUCAAGCGGUAGAGCUCCAUCUGGUAGAGUUCAGUUGAACCGCGAAUUUAGUUUCUUCAAAUCCGGAGGAGGUGACUUUGUGGGUUCCACCGCGGUUGUCAGCGAGCAUGACAAGUGCAACGCUGUACUGGUCACCUGGACGCCCGAUGGGAAUUAUGAAUUCCUGGAGGUGACGCAAAAUGGAAGGAACAGACGGCUCCGAUAUGAGAUCCUGCGAAAAUGGACAUGGCUGUCUCACAGUGAGAAGAGAAAUGUAGCCCUCUGCAAAAAAUGUGUAUUCUUUGCGCGGAAUGAAAGCGAUCGUGGAGGCUGCCGAGCGCUCGUCGUGUUCGUGAACUCGCCGCUCGCUAAGUUCGCGAGAACCCUCGAAACACCGAGAGGGCAUGAUGCAUCUUGGUGUCACGUCAAGGCCAGUAUCGACGCAGAAAACUUCCUGAAGAGAUUUGAGGAUACGGAAAAGCUAGACACUGGAAGCUUGGCCGACGAAGGCAGAAGAAAACAAGCUAUCGAGAGUCGAAAAAACCUCUCGUCCAUAGUGAAAACCAUGAUACUCUGUGGAGUACAAGGCUUGCCUCUGAAAGGCCACAGGAAUGAUGGGGAUCCCAGCGAAGAAUCGAAACAUAAUGACGGAAACAUCAGAGCGUUGUUGAGGUUCCGAGUGGGUGCCGGUUACGCGGUGCUGCGAGAUCAUCUGAGCGGUGCCGGCUCGAACGACCCUUACAUAAGUCCGAAAAUCCAGAGCGAAGUGAUGAAUACUACCGGGAAAAUAUUCAGGCAGAAGAUUUGUGCGGAGAUAUCGUAA